AUGACAUCCACAUCCUCGGCUUCCCAAAAGCUGGGAACCCUACAGGAUCUCUUCGACUGUGUCGACGAUUUGCUUAAGUUGCCUCUUACCCAACAGGCUCUUUCGAAUGAACACCAAAGAAGUUCUGUGGAAAAGCUGUUGGAUGGAUCUCUGGAGCUGUUGGAUGUUUGUGGGAAUGCGAAAGAUGCUUUCUCACAGAUGAAGGAAUGCAUUAAAGAACUCGAGUCAGUUCUCUGGAGAAGAAAAGGAGGAGAUUGUUGUCUUGCCAAGGAAGUUGAAGCCCACAUGAGUACUAGAAAGAAGUUGCAGAAAAUCAUUUCUAAGUACUUAGUGAGUUUGAAGAAGAUGGAAAGGAAGAACAGCCUUAACAUGGACUCCAACAAGGAAGCUACUCUUAGCUUGCUAAGACAAGCUGAAGAAAUCAGCCUCUCAGUAUUUGCUUCCCUCCUGUAUUUUCUUUCUCAGUCGAGUGCAAAUCUGAAACGUAGCGGCUGGUCACGGGUUUCGAAACUACUUUCACCUAAACAGGUAGCAUGUGAAGGAGAAGAGGACGCUAAUGAAAUGGCAACCUUGGAUUCUGAACUGCUUUCCCUGAAAUCAGGAAAAGCCUCCGGUCUCCAAGUGAGCAACAUUUUGAAGCGAUAUGAUGCGUUAGGGUCGAGCCUUCAGGAAGUUGAGGAGGACUUGGAAUGUGUCUUCCGGCGCCUUGUGAAAAUGAGAGUUUCCCUUCUCAACAUUGUAAACCACUAA